AUGGAUUUAAUCUUAUUCGCAAUUGCCUCUAUUGUAUUCGCGUGGAUCAUAAAUCGUUGGAAUAGCAGAGCAUUUGUGAGACUGGCCUAUAAAGUACCAUCGAAUAGAUUGCAUACAUUCUUGGGCUGGGGUAAACUACUUACGAAAGAAGAUAUUCUUUCACACAUGUAUGAAUAUGGCAACAAAUAUGGACCAAACAGUGUAUUUUGGGUGGGACCGUUCCCUUUCUUCCUCUCUUCUGAUCCACAGAUAUUAAAGGACAUUUUAACAUCCAAAAAUUGUAUAGAUAAACCACCAUUAAUAUAUAAGGGAUUUUUUGUAACAGUCGGUGAUGGUUUAAUAAAUGAAAAUGAACCACAUUGGCAUCAUCAUCGUAAAAUACUGAAUAAAGCUUUUUCACAUAAGAAUUUGAGCUCAUUUGUGCCGUUAUUUAAUAAAGAGAUCAACAGUUUAAUUCAACAAAUACAGAAAAGUCUUGAAAAGGCAGAGGAUGUUGAUACGUUUUUGAUAUUUCGAUCAUUAACUAUAAAUAUGGCGACAAAAACAGUACUAAAAAGAGACUUAGAUCAGACAGAUAUGGACUCGAUUGUUAUGUCAAAAAAUGCUCAAGGAGUUAUGGAGAUUUUAGCUGAAAAUUGUUUUAAUACAAUUAUGAGCAUUAGUUGGAUACGUAAGCUGGCCGAGAUCAGUGUAUAUAAAACUAAAAUGCAAGGUUUGAAUAUAUUUAAAAGAUUGAUCAAUGAAUCUGUGGAUAUUUUGGAAAAAAAUCGUACAACAGAUCCCAGCCAUUUGCCCGAAGUUAAUAGUGCGCUGGAGUAUGCUUUAAAUGGUGUUCACCAGAACAGUCUAGCUGGGUCUGAAAUAUUACCGCAUAUGUUGCAUUUAUUUGCGGCGUCUUUUGAAACCACAUCCUCCACAUUGUUUUUGGUAGUCACAAUGCUGGCCAUGCAUCCAGAGUAUCAGCAAUAUGCCUAUGAGGAAGUAAUAAACAUACUACCCGAUGAUGAUAACACCGACAUCACAUUAGAACAGGUGGAUCAAUUGAUGUAUUUAGAAAUGGUGUUAAAUGAGACAUUGCGAGUUUGUCCCGUAGUGCCCAUGGUUUUUCGUAAAGUUUCAAAUGAGGAUCUUACUCUUAGCAAUGGUUUAACAUUACCGGUUGGUCAAAUUAUUAGCAUUGAUUUAUUUAGCUUGCAUCGCCGCAAAGAUAUUUGGGGUACCAAGGCAGACGAUUUUAAUCCUGAUAACUUUUUGCCUUCAAAUGUCAACGCACGUCAUCCAUUCUCAUUUAUACCAUUUACGAAAGGUCAACGGUUUUGCAUUGGUUGGAGAUAUGCAUUAAUAUUUGUUAAAAUUUCUUUGGCUAAAUUAAUAAAAACUUACAAAUUUUCGACAGAUUUUAAAUACAAAGAUUUAAAAUUUGAGAAUCACAUUUCAUUAAAAUUAGUGGAAGAUCCGCAAGUUCAUAUGGAACAACGAAAAGCUGGAGUAUAA